CAAUUGUUCCUUAUUUUCGAGCCCACGCUUGUAUGUGUAUGUGUUCAUGGGUGGCAGUAAGAGUGUGGAGUACAGCCAAGAGACCAUGGAAAAGGCUCUGAAACAAGUUGAGCAAAUGACGGCUAAUCUGGGAGGAACAGAGAUCCUGAGGCCCCUGGAACAUAUUUUCAGCCAGUCCUGCAUUCCCAAUCAACCUAGACAACUAUUUGUCUUUACUGACGGAGAGGUGGGGAACACCAAAGAAGUCAUCAAUCUGGUGAAGAAGAAUUCAGGUUCCCACAGGUGUUUCUCCUUUGGGAUUGGGGAAGGGGCCAGCUCUGCUCUUAUCAACGGUUUGGCCAAGGAAGGAAGAGGUCACGCUCAGUUCAUUACAGGGGAAGAGAGGAUGCAGCCCAAAGUGAUGCAGUCCCUACAAUUAGCUCUGCAAUCAGCUGUGGAAAGCAUCUCAGUCAAGUGGAACGUGCCAGUUGGAGUCUCUGUCACUGUCCUCUCUCCACCAGUCACAGCACUUUUCCAUGGUCAGAGGUCACUGAUUUAUGCACAACUUACUGUAAAGAGCCAUCAUAUUUCAAGAAUCUUCAGGAGGGCCUCACAAGAGGGCUGUGUGACAGUGAAGUACAACCUGGCAGGUCAUCCGUCUCACAACCAGCUCCACUUCAGUCUCAAACCUGCAAAGGGCACUGGAUUAACAGUGCACAGGUUGGCUGCUCGGACUCUGAUUCGCUCGCUGGAGAUGGAGGAGGAAGAGCACAGAGGAAAGCAAGAUGGAGGAGUGAAGAAGAAGGUGGUGGGGCUCAGUGUCCAAUCAGGAGUGAGCAGUGUCUUCACUGCUUUCAUUGCUGUCAACAAAGUUGAUGGCAAGGCAAUUCAAGGACCUCUG